GGGGGGGAGAACAGGUAACGAUGAUAUCCAGGUCAUCCGGCAUAUUCUGGAUCAUUUCGGCCAAAAAGCCGUGCCGAGGCCCUGCUUGGCCAGGUUGGGUUGUACGAAAUGCACUUGGUCGCUGACGCUCGAGUUUGUACAUGUAGCCGGUGUGCGGUCUUAUAACCGUCAACAAGUAAGUUGUCGUUGCAAUUCUUGUACUUUCGGUUGGCCUUCUUUAAGCAAAGGGCAACCAAGUAGAAUAGCAACGGUUCAACUUAGAUUGCAACUUUAUCUUGGUCAGAACAAUGAAGCCUUACACACUACUCCCCGUGCUCGCCUUACCAUUGGCAAAAGCCUACCUUGUGGCGCCGCCCGGAACACCAGCACCAGGCGCCGCUUCGGGCUGCAGUGAAUGGGUACAGCAGUCGUAUGGACUGACCUGUGCUAUCAUUGAGCAGUUCUACGGUAUAUCCGCUGCCGAAUUCGAGGCGUGGAAUCCUAGUGUCACCCAGCUGGGUUCCGGCUGCAACCUCAUCCAGGGGUUGUACUAUUGCACCCAAGUCAACUAUGUUUCCCAUAGUUUUCUGUCAACGGGCCCGCCUACCACGUCCACGACUUCGUCCGGAGGCGGUGUCACGACGCCUUCUCCCGUGCAGUCCGGCGUUCCUAGCGCCUGCAACAAAUUUUACCAAGUCAACAGCGGGGACACAUGUUAUGACAUCGCCGCGGCUCAGUCUAUAUCCAUCGAGAGCUUCUAUGCCUGGAAUCCGGCCGUGGGGGACACCUGUGGCAGCCUCUGGAGCGGGUAUUACGUCUGCGUCGGUGUGACCUCCUCUGGUGGCCCCACGACCACACUCCAGACAAGCACCAAGACGACCACCACUGGUAAUGGCAUUACAACGCCGACCCCGACCCAGACGGGUAUGGUAAACAGCUGCAACAGCUUCCACAAGGUGGUCAGCGGGGACGGGUGCUAUGACAUAGCUGCGGCUGCCGGGAUCGCCUUGAACGACUUCUACACUUGGAACCCGGCUGUGGGAAACACUUGUUCCGCACUUUGGGCGGACUAUUACGUGUGCAUUGGAAUUCUGUGAUGGAUUACUACCUAGAGAUAGUAAUAUGCUUUCCUCCG